ACGAGGUGCUGGCUGUCUAUGCCUUUCACCCAUCGGUAGCUCUCCUCCUGUCCCUGCCUCCAUGCACACACACUGCCAGGCAUAGUCUUCCUCCUUCUGCGUGUGUGUGUGUGUGUGUGUCUCUCUCUCGCUCCAGCUCCUAAAACGUAAGAUGCAUCGGAUAUAAAAACACGCACAUAUACACACAUACACACACGCAUACACACACACAUCAACAAGCCAUGGGGAAAGAUCAGGAAUUACUGCAAGCUGUCAAAACCGAAGAUGUAGCUGCAGUGCAGAAGCUGUUGCAAAGGCCGAAACAAGGCAAAGCGAAGCUAUUAGGAUCUGCCAAGAGAGUGAAUGUGAACUUUCAAGAUCUGGAUGGAUUUUCUGCUCUGCACCAUGCUGCACUCAAUGGGAACACUGAGCUCAUCUCCCUAUUGAUUGAAGCCCAGGCUACUGUGGAUAUCAAGGACAAUAAAGCUAUGAGGCCGUUGCACUAUGCUGCGUGGCAAGGGAAGGCUGAGCCAAUGAAAAUGCUCCUGAAGGCAGGGUCAAGUCUCAACUCCCAAUCAGAUGAAGGCCAAAUCCCAUUGCACCUUGCUGCGCAGCACGGACACUAUGAAGUGUCUGAGAUGCUUUUGCAACAUCAGUCAAACCCGUGUAUAGUGGACAUUGCUGGCAAGACACCCUUGGACCUGGCCUGUGAAUUUGGCAGAGUUGGGGUGGUACAGUUACUUCUAAGCAGUAACAUGUGUGCUGCUCUGCUUGAAGCAAAGCCUGGGGAUAUCACCGAUCCCAAUGGAACCAGCCCACUACAUCUGGCUGCCAAGAAUGGACAUAUCGACAUAAUAAGGCUUCUGCUCCAGGCUGGAAUUGAUAUCAAUCGUCAGACAAAGGCUGGAACAGCUUUACAUGAAGCUGCACUCUGUGGGAAAACUGAAGUGGUUCGCUUGCUACUGGAAAGCGGGAUUAAUGCACACAUCAAGAACACUUACAAUCAGACGGCCCUGGACAUUGUUCAUCAGUUCACAGCAACACAAGCAAGCAAAGAGAUUAAGCAAAUGCUCAGAGAUGCCUCUGCUGCCCUGCAGGUCAGGGCUGUGAAGGACUACUGUAACAAUUAUGACCUGACCAGCCUUAAUGUCAAAGCAGGGGAUGUUAUUACAGUUCUGGAGCAGCAUCCUGAUGGGAGGUGGAAAGGCUGUAUCCAUGACAACAGAACUGGCAAUGACAGAGUGGGCUAUUUCCCAUCAUCUAUUGCGGAGGUGAUUAACAAGAGAUCAGGUUCUUGGGACGCAGUUAUUUAUGCCCACAGUUGUCAGCAAUAUCACAAGAUACAGCUCACGGCCUAUGGCACAGCAAUAGUCAAUGGUGACUCCUCUCAUCACUUUAAUUCCCUGCCACCACCCCCUCCACCUCCACCUUUCAAUCAUCAGCCACUUUUCAGUUCCUUUGGUUAUCACAGAGCCAAUAGCAGUAUAGAAGAAUUACCCCAUGGACAAGGUUCCCGCGGUUCUGAGUCAAGUCCUUCCCAUCUGUCUCCAGUGCAACCAGUCACGACCACGCCUGAGGAGAUCUGGGUACUACGGAAACCAUUUGCAGGUGGGGACCGCAGCAGUGCGGGGAGCACAGGAAGCGUGGCCACUGUUCGGAGCUCGGGAAGUGGACAGAGUGCAGGGGGCGCUGCUACAGCCCCAGUUCCUGAGGGGAGUAAGUUUCUACAAACAGUGCUAACUCAGAAGGGAUCGGCACCAGAGACGACAGGAGGUGAAGGAGUUACCAAAUCAGAGCAGCCUGCAGGAGCUGCCCAGCAGCAGAGCGGAUCCAGCUGCCCAUUGGGAGAACAACCGUACAGUGAACCGCAGCUGAAGAAGGCUGACACACAGUCAGAAACGAAGAAUGACCUGAUGGAAUGGCUCUCCAUCAUUGGCCUGGCACAAUAUUACAAGACACUUGUGGAGAACGGUUAUGAAAACAUCGAGUUCAUCACUGACAUCACUUGGGAGGACCUCCAGGAAAUUGGCAUCACAAAGUUGGGUCAUCAAAAGAAGUUUAUGCUCGCUGUGAAGAAACUGGCAGAAAUCCAACGAGCCACCCGCUAUGAGUCUGGCACCUUGAAGAAGAAAGCCCCACAGUCGUUGGAGAUUGUGACUAUAGAGUCUCCUCAAGGUGAAAAUGCUGAAUGCCAGUCUCCCAAGAUGUCUACCUUCCAGGACAGCGAACUGAGCAAUGAGCUGCAAGCCGCCAUGACCAGUGCUGGAGAUGCGAAGGACAGCCUUGAGCCGAAACAAGCCAACCACACUGUGCCUGCUGUAGAGGGCACUGCCUACCAAGCAGAAGGGGCCACCCAGGAGUGUGACAACAGCAGCGGUGCCAAGGUGAAGCUGAAUGGCACCACUCAGGAAGUAGCAGGAGGAGGGAGCAAGCUGCAAAAGGCAGCCCUGUCCAAAAGCCAGGAAAACCUCGAGAGCCCGAGCCAACGAUCGAUUGUCACAGAAGUAGUUGGUCCCACAAGACGCAGCCACCGACAAGGGGUUCAAAGAGCGAGCGUACCACCGGCGCCUGGCAAGCCAAGAGAGUCCUUCUCUCACGCUCAUCAAGCGCUGGUCUCGAUGUCAACAUUCACCCCACCACAGACGCCCACAAAGCCUAGGCCUUCCUCUCCGCAGACCCUCAAUGUCCCUCAGGCCACGGCCAAAGUGAAGCCCAUCCCGCAGCUCCUGCAGACGGACAGGCCCAUGUCCCCGAGGUCUCUGCCACAGUCGCCCACUCACCGGGGCUUUGCCUAUGUCGUGCCACAGCCCGUGGAAGGUGAGGGGUCAGUGGGGCCCAGCCACACAUCGAGCCCGCUGGCCCAGGCUGUCCCCGUUCUGCCAGUUUCCGUCCCCGUGCUCUGCCUCCCUCCGCACGCCAACGAUUCCGAGGGAGACCCCUCGAGGCCGAAGAAGCGAGCGCACAGCGUGAGCCGCUACGCCGUGUCUGACAGCGAGCAGGAGAAGGAUGAGCUGGCCUUACCCGACGCAGGCCCAUAUGCCACCAUCCAGAGGCACGUGGCCCGCAGCCACUCGGUGAGGGGGCACUCGGCCGCCGACAAAAACGUCAACCGUAGCCAGUCAUUUGCGCUGAGGCCGAAGAAGAAAGGGCCGCCGCCACCGCCACCCAAACGGUCCAGCUCGGCCAUUUCCAGCACCAACCUCGGUGACGACUUGCCAAAGGAGAAGGAGACAGGCAGCCUCAAGGACCCCGACGCCAAGGCCAGGCUCAAGGAGCAGCGGAGGGCCAGUGAUUUUGGGGGGACCGUGGAGACGGGGAGUGCCGGCAGCGUGAAGAGCAUCGCCGCCAUGUUGGAGAUGUCAUCCAUCGGCGGCGGCGCCCGGGCCCUCACCCUUCACCGGUCGUUCAAGGCGGAGAGGGGCCCCGGCGGCUCCUACGGCCCGCUGGCACAGCCGGUCAGCUCGGAACAUUCCAGAGUCGCCACCGUGCUGGCCACUGUGAAGCGCGGGCCUCUCGACAGGUCCCGGGAUGCGAUCGGGCUGGACGGCGAGGUCAUCAAUCGGAGGCGGACCAUCAGUGGACCUGUCACGGGCCUGAUCGCAGCUGCCAGGAAGGAGAAGGCCGACGGCGGCCCACCUCCUGGGCCUGAGGCCGAGAUGCCCGUGGACAGGCUUCAGGUGGAUCCGACCGGAUCGUCCAGGAACAGUUCCUCGGAGAAUCUGCCGUUCGCCGAGGAAGGAAACCUGACCAUCAAGCAACGGCCUCGCCAGCCGCUGAAAACCGACGGUGCGGAAUGUCUACCCCAUCUCCAGGUCAACUCCGAGCUUGUGAAGCAACAGUAUUCCGGCUUCACCGCGUUCGAACUCACAAGCACACUGAAACGGAAAGGGAAGCCCAGGCCAACCCAGCAGCAAGAGGUCAUGGCCUUCCAUUUAACCGAGUCAAAUACCGUCAAAAGGCGUCCAAAAACCAGGGAGAAGGAUCAACUGGAAUCUCCUCAGGAGGCCCAUCACCAUGCGAUGCUUCAGAAUGGCACAGGAACAGUUAAAAGAAGGCCGGUGUCAGACAUGACAGGAGGAGAGACGUAUCCGAGCUUCUUGACUGUAGGAGAGAUCCCCCGAAGAAACAGCGGAGAGCAUGCCUCCCAGUUUUCAGACGGGGAGACGAAAAGACCUGUUAAACCACCAGUGUCUCCAAAACCUACCCUUACUCAGCCAACAGGUUUAAAAAGACAUGGACUGUCAGCAGCCAAUGCCAAGAAGUCUCCGUUGCCUGGUCCCGGGAGCCCAGAAGUGAAACGCGCCCCACCCCCUGUCUCCCCAAAACCAAUCCUACCUCCCCCUCUGACCCCUCCCAAACCCAUCAAACCCCACACCAUUCUGCAGUCGCUGAGUGCAGGCCCCACCCCUGUCCCUUCUCCUGCCAAGCAACCAACCAUCAAAGCAGCAAGCACACCGCCGUCCCUGUGUUCGAGCCCAGCUAAACCCAUCACCGGAGCUCAGCCCCAACAGGUCCCGGUCAAGCCACCAAGGUCCUCGAUAGCUGGCUCUUCCACAGAGAUGGCCACGACAGAAGUAGCACAACUGAAGCUAGAGGAGACCAGUGCUUCACUGGCAGCAGCUCUACAGGCUGUGGAGGAGAAGAUCAAACACGACGAGGGCCAGGAAGCAAAGACCACAUCUGAAGUUAAGAGCGCAGGCAGCAUUCUAGACGACAUUGGCAGCAUGUUUGAUGACUUGGCUGACCAACUGGAUGCCAUGUUAGAAUGAAGGAGAAGCAGUAAACAGCAAGAAAACCUCAGGACUCAAAGUGGGCACAGUGAUCUUUAAAAUCCUAUCCAGACCAGUCUCAGACACAAUUCCUCAUGAUGAACCCAUCUGUUUUUUUUUGCGUUUGUACAAUUUGAAUGAAAAACAAACAAAGCAAAAACCCAAUUUGAUUACCUCAGGAUCUGCGAAGAUCUGCAGGAUUCAAUUUACUGACAGCACAUUUCAACCAAAACAGUAAUAAAAUGGCUAAUGAUUCAGGAUCUACAGCAGACAGAAAUGAUGCAAGGUUAAAUCGUUAUAACAUUAGAUCUGAGAUCCUGCAAACACAAGGUUCUUUAAAUUCUUAGAAUACUUUUUUUUUAAACAAGGUGUUAAUGUGAGAUGUAUAUGUACACUGUAAGCAUGAGAAAUAAGAUAGGUUUGUAAACAUUCAUCAGAGAUGAUGGAGAUGGCACACAAGGACAUGGUUAAAUUUCGAGCUGUUUUUUAAUCCCCCGAAUGCAAUGACAGUGACAAGAGGCUCAUGGAAUUUGGGCUGGGCUGCUUUUUUAUUAUGUUUCAUGUUUAAUAGUAUUAGUAAUUUUGUCAAUUGGUGGUCAAACAGAGAGUGUAAACAGAACAAUGCUGGAAAUGCCCAGUAUCUAUGGGGUGAAGAAAACCAGACCAACAAUUCAGGUCAAUGACCUUUCGUUAGAACUGGCAUGGGCGACUCAGCAAUUCUUCAAGGGUUAGAGGAAGGUACGAUGUUUAUGUAACAACACUUGAUUGUUCAGGAGGAAGGAGGAAUUUACACAAGAGCAGAGGAAUUGAGCCACUGUAUGGUUUAGUGUGUAAGUGCUCCAUGCAGCUGUCUCAGGAGUAACAGCUUUAUUGUAGCUUCCCUGGCCCAGCAAAGUCAACUAUUCAGUCGGGUUUCUAGCUCCUGAUCAGUAUCCGGUCUCUCCUGUUGCAAAAUGUCCAUGUCACAUCUUUGUGAGCAAUAAUUACAGUCAAUCACCAAUCUUGCUGCAGUGAAAUAGACAGCCACCAAUCAAGGCCCAGGUUCGCAGUUGAAUAAUGACCAGUUGGGAAUGUGUCAAAGGACUUUUGACCAGUGAAUCAGCCCCUUCAGGGAUACAAAUAAAUCUCACAACAAGGUGCAAUAAUCUAAAAUGACAGCAUUCAAAUGAAUAAUUUAUUUCCUGUCUAUCAUGUUGUUUAAUUGGAAUUCAAGCUUUUUGUUGAGGAGGUGGGGAGGAAUAGUACAGAUUAAAACAUCUGAAUAUAAAACAUAUUAAUUCUUGAUUCAAAUGGAAAAAAAUACAAUUGAAUUUCACAUUGACAGAGAGACAAAUUUUUUGGUGAUAGAGGACAAGGUUUGACAAAAUGUCAGUCAAACUUUCUGCCACCUCCUUAUGAAGGGAGGAUUGAGGUGAAAGUUGGAUUGAACGAAGUCACCAAUCGUCAAUACAGUUAGAAUAAAGUCCUUGAUUCAAGGCUAACUAUUGCUGAGCUUCAUUCAGUCAGAAUGCAGUCAUUCUCAUUCGCUCUAAUAAUUAGUCAAAUGUUUUGUACUUAUGAGUGUUCUUUUUUCCCUCAUGAAUUUGUCUCAUUCAAGAGCUUAGAAAUGAAUAAUUUCAAUUCCAUCCUCUUGAAUAUUUUGUUACCCGUGAAAAAUAUUCAUACAAAUGCUAUAAAGGGUGCGGGCUGGAAGAGAGCAAUUUUAAUUCCAUUGAUUUUCUUUCUCUGGAUUUUGUUGCAUUCUUGGUGACUAGCAGAUUUUAAGAAGGAAAGAACUUUGCACAAAUAUAAUAUUUUCACACCCUCAGGCCAUUGCACUGUCUACAGCCAUUUAGGUACAUUUAAAAUGUAGAGAAUGCUGUAACGUGUGCAAUGCGGUAUUUGUAUUCGUAUAUAGGAAGCUCCCAAUAACAAAACAAAUGACCAAAUCAUCCUUUUUUAGUGCAUGGGUGAGUGGUCAGAACACCAGGAAGAACUCGCCCACUCUUCUUCAAAAUACUGUCAUGGAAUCUUCUAUAUUUAUUUGAGAGGGUGGACAGCACUUUGCACCUUUAACAUUUUGCCAGAAAGACAGCACAGCCAGAGUGUCAGCCUAGCUCAAAUCAUCGGGAGUGGGACUUGAACACUCCAGCCUUCUGACUCAAGAGGCCAGAGCAGCACCCACUGAACUGAGGAUGUGACAUUGGAAUAGACAUGUAGUUCAUCUGCGUUUAGUGAAUGGGAAUGCCAGGUAGAUAUUGUUUAGAAUAACUCUCCUGCUCUGUGUUGAAUGGUGCCAUGCGGGAUCUUUAACAUGGCUCCUAGGGCCUUGGUUUAACAUCUGUCUGGAAUAUAGCAGCUCUGACAGUGCAGCACCCCCUCAGCACUGCACUGGGAGUUCCAGCAUAGGGCACUUCAGUGAGUAAGACUCUGCACCUGAAGAAUGCAUCAGGAAAAGUACUUCAUUAAGAACAAUGGAAUGGAUGGGCAUUGAUCUGUCUCCUAGACACUGGGGACCAGUUUGUUCGAUUCUCCUGCUAUCAUUAUCAAAUGAUGCAGCGUCCUUUCAGCUUGAUUGAGAUUCUCAGGACUCAGUUCCUAGUAAGACAGACAAAGAAUCUUUAAGGAGUGUAAGAGAGAAAGGUUUGGAUGCUCAGUCACUGCCAGAGAAGCUGAAUUGCCAAAGCUUACAGUUUUAGUUUGCUAAGGCGGAAGGCUAUCUUCCUUCCACAGAGUACAAAGCAUUAUAUAUUUUUUAAAAAGUUUAUUUGUUUUGGGUGAACUCAGAUCCUGUGCUUGAUGUGUGUUGUGAUUUUGAAGUUGUCAGUUAAUGUUUCCCACCAGGCCAUCGAUAUAUUGAUAUGGAUCAGACCACUUUUUGAAAGGUGUUUGUGUUUCUUUUUUGUAGUCAGUUUGAUCAAGAGUCCCUCAUUCGCACCGUUCAAGAAUUUCAAUGUUUUAUGGACCUGGAGACCAUCAUGUGUUUUAUGUACUCGCAUAAUGUCCUUUUGUCUACAGUCAGGCCAACAUACUGUAUCCCAGUAUGUUUCUUUACCCAGUGAGGUGUCUUUGGUUAGAACCACUUCUCUGCAAAACUGUAGCAAGAAAGAUAUACUGACGCACAAGAAAAAGUGAAAUAAAAUCCAAACUGGAAGGUCUAUCUGUCCUCAUUGUCCCCUUUACGAACUUGCCCCUGUAUAUAACUGGUGUCUACUCAAUUGUCUUUAGCCGCAGUGUAGCAAGUUAAAAACAAAACAAAGACACACAAGGCUUGUUAUUUAGUUGUCUUCUUUUUUAUGGCUGCUGUAGAUAUAGAGCAACAGCUAUAAUGUUACAUUCAGGUGGUUAAGCCAGAUAACUGGGUCAAGAAUGGCUGAGUGUGUCACUGGGAGGCAUCAAGUCAUUAGACAUUCCACAGUCUGUUCUAUUGGCCACAGUCGCACUGUGGAGAGAUUUUAAUUUUCCAUUUGUCCAUCUAGUAUCCACAGUCGCCUUGGUUUAGUGCAGAAAUGACUGGUUGUCCCAACUGGACAUGCCCUUAAGUUAGAAAUCAUCUUAUUCAAAUUAAUUGAGGAAUGUCAAAUAAUUCCUGGACAUAUCCAUGGUACUAAGCUGUCCUAAACAUGGUGUCUGGCCUGUUUUAAAACAAAAAAGUUCAGGAUUGAGAGUACAAAAGAAGCAAAUAGCAAGACAGGGCGAAAUGCUCCCUGCAAUAUUCUCCACUUGCUAAAGGGUUAUGAACAAAGAACAUUUUAUCCACACAACCACUUACUUAAAUUCCCUAGUGCAGUUGUAAGCUCAAGGAUCGCGAAGGGCUUUUGCACACAUUAUAAUAACACCAGCCUUAUUGGUUAGGUUAUGUUAGAAACAUUUUUUAGAAGUGUUUGGCCAGUUAGGUAGUUCUAGAUGUGCAUCUUCUGCCUCCCUGUGGCAGAUUUGGGUCAUUGCAGAAAUAGAGAUUUGUGAAGGGAAAGCGUUAGAAUUUCCCGGUAUGGAAAUCUAAACUACAUCAUCGCCCUUUUGAAAAAAAAAAGUAAAAUGUUUCUAAAACUUGCAAAUGAUCCCAUGCAUAGGUGAGAGAUUUUACUGACCCAAGAUUCUAUCUAUAUUAAAUUAUAUAUUAAGAUGAUUAAACUCGAGCACAAACUGAAUUCUACUUUAUUUUGAAGCCAUUUUUAAAUAAGAUAUAUAUAAAUGAUGUUUUUUAGAUUAUCAUUUUAAUUUUUUUUUUCCUUUUGGUUUUCAAUGUUGAAGAAAAAGCAUUGUAUGCUUUUUUAAAAAAUGAACAAUGACGUGCCUUGUUUAAGUUGAAGAUUUCUUUUGUCAAUUACUUUACGACAUUGAGUUUUACUUUGAAUUUCACUAGUAUGUGUGUUGGAGAGGAACACGCCUGUUGUAUUAACAAUUGUACAAACCGUAUAUAAAGUCUGGUUGAACGCCUGAAUUAUAAUGAAUGCAUCUAUCUGCCUGUGGUUUGAAAAAAAAGUGUCAAUUGUAAUUCUCGGAUUUGAGGUAUUAAUUGUCUUAUAUCGUGUCCAAUGACCCAGUGUGUUUGUCACAGUUUUGAAGUUUCUUCAAAACCUGAAAAAUAACCGAUGUAAAUUGUAAAAAAACAAAAAAUUUAGAAAGCCCCAUAAAAAUUGUAUGACUGUUAUAUUUUUAUUAAGUUAUGAAACUGUAUCGUAUUUUCAUUAUGUAAAGCUAUGCAUCUUGACGCUUCAUGCUAUUCUGUGCUCUAUUGGGAGUGAUUAAUGUUAUUUAGGUGUGUUGUGGUGUUUGAAGAGGAUUCCAUUUCUUGUCAGUUUUAUCUACAAGAAAAAACUUCAAUCUUAUAUACAGAGAGUUGGAACGAGAGAAAAUUGUCCACUUCAUGUAUUCUGGGAAGCCAGUUUAUUUUUAUCUUUUAAAAACAAGGGACUACAUUUUCAGUGGAAUUCCUCCAGCGUCAGGCUGCAAAAUGUGUGUGUCCUAUUGAACCUUGCCAAUGACUGUAUCAUAUCCAACAUGACAGGCAUGUGGCAGUAUUGUGCUUGACUGAUUGCAUUUACUGCCAUUGGCUUUAAAUAAAU